CACGUCCCAGAUCGUAAAAUCUGUUCCGCAUAGCCCCAGAGAAAAACAUGUGCGCAGCGGAUAUGGUAGUGGGAGCUAAGAUGGGAAACUCGUAGGAUCGGCGGUGAGGCGUUGCCCUCUCAUGGCUCGGAAUUCUGGUUUGGUGUGCUCUUACUUCUUACAGGGCAGCUGCCGUUUCGGUGACCGAUGCUGGUACGAGCAUCCGCGCAGUGGGAGAUCUAGCCAGGCCUUUGAUCAGAACUCAGGCUCUAGCAGAAGAGGAGCAUGGAGUGGGCAGCGCCAGCAUUCCAGUAGUUUACAGACAUCCAGUUUUUCAAAAUCUUCUAACUGGCAAAGUAACAAAGAUCCCAGAUUCUUGAAUUUUUCUCAGAAUAGGUUUGCUGCAUUAGAUUCGAGUGAAAAUGUGAAUAAUGAUAUUAAAAAUGAAGAAGAAAAGCUUCUUGAAAUAAUAAUGAAAGACAUGGAGAUUUGGGAAUCUUCAGGACAAUGGAUGUUUUCCACCUAUUCACCUAUGAAAGAAAAACCUAAUAUUUCAGGUUUCCCCGACUUUCUACCAGAAGAGUUGCGCCUUGAAUAUUAUAACUGUAGAGCAAACAAUAACAUACAAACUUAUAUCAGUUCAGUCCAGCAAUUAGCUACUCAGUGGAGAAGUCGAUUGCGUGAACUGAAGAAUAUAACAGCCUCUACUAAAACUGCACUGAUAACUGAAUUGAAGAAGGUGGCUAGUCACCAAUCGCCUCCAUUUGGGUUUGGAGGACAGCAGACAUCAUCUUUUGGAACGUCAAACUUUCCUGUGGAUAAACAGAAUAAUGUUCAAGCCUUUUCUUUCAAAUCUCCUUCUGAACUUGCCACUGUCUCAUCUGGAAGCACACCUAUAUUUGGCAGCCUUUCUAAUGUCCAAGGUGCCACGUUUUCUUCGGCUGCUCCCCAUACAGUUGGCUUUAGUAAUCUGCCAGUUUCAUUUUCGUUUAAAAUGGCUACAACUUCAGAUGGAAUUGGAACACCUGGAUUUUCUGGAUUUGAAAAACCUUUUUCUGCAAAUCCUUCACCAGACAUCACAUCGGCUACACUAUUUGGAAAAACAGUUGCUCCUUCUGACUUGAAUUCUGCAAAUAUGGUCUUUGGAGAAUCAGCAAAUUCUCUUGCAAGUAAUGUUGCACUGACAUCCCCAAUAACCCCAACCAGCAGUACUUCAGAAGAGUUAUUUACCCCAAAGACAGAGCUAUCUGCAGAAGAACUGAAGCAGUUUGAAGCUAAAAAAUUUACCUUAGGAAAAAUUCCUUUAAAGCCACCACCUGUGGAACUUCUUAGUAUAUAAUACAUUCCACAGAUGUUCUUUCUAUUCGUUUUUCUAAGUAUGUUAACAAAUGUACUUGGACUAAAUCCUUGGACUAAGAUUCAUAUUCCUUAUGGGUCACCAACAUUGCUUCAGAUUUAAUUCAUUUCUAUUAAUGAAUAUUCUUGAUUUAUUAACACUAAAAUGGAAAUUUUUAAUUUGAAAUUAUUCCACAGCAAAAGACAAGAUUUAAAUAAAUGUUCAAAAUAAUAGUUAUGACUUUUGUUUAAUCCUCUGAAAGUGUUGGCUGAUCACCUUGAGGAAUAUAUUUUGCUAUUGAUCUAAAAUAUGUUCCAUAACCUCAAAAGCAACUUUGCCCUAAUGUCUGCUUAUGAAUCUCACUGAGCCAUCUGCCCGUGAGAAGUGAUGCUAGAAUGUUGACUUGUUUUUCUGAUCCUCCCAGUUCUUAUGAGCUGGUUCAGAUAUUGGUCCUAAACAGCCAUUCAGUGGUUUUUUAUAAUAUUUUUAUUAGAAUUGUACAUGGAUAAAAGGUAAAUACAAACCUAGAAAAUAUAUACAAACAAAAAAGAAAAGAAAGAAAAAGAUAUAAAAAGUGACUUCCCUUUCCCUCCAAACAAGUAUAUUUACAAUUGCUCACGACCUUAUCUAGGAUUACAAAAAAAAAAAAAACCUCUUCUUCCCAUUUGUCAUCCCUUAAUAAUAGUAAAAUUAUAAAAAAAUCUUACCCAGCAAAAGCAGUAAGAGUGCCAGAAAUAACCCAUAAAUUUUAAUCUUAAAUAAAUCUAUUAUGCAUUUUAACUAUAACUUUCUCAGUUAAGUAAAACAUAAAAGAUUUAUCCCCAUAGGCAUAAAAAAUACCAACAAUAGUAACAUAUACAAUACUGUACAAAAGUUUUAGGCAGGUAUGAAAAAAU